UGAGGAAGAGUGGAAAAAUAAUGAUAAUAUUUCUUUCUUGAAUAAGAAAAAGGUUUUGCCCAUAAUAAAUUCACUAUGCAAGACGUACAGACUUCUACCCAAUGCUAUGAAAAUUAACCAAGGCACAUUAAUUUCAGGAAAUCUUCAAAGGGCUCCUCCUACAGAUGUUCUGAACACGUCUGCGUCCCGGCAAUUUUUUACUGCACCCAGGCUUGAAAACUAGAGCUCAGACACUUCUGGAUCAGUCUUUUCAUUGAAAUACUGGAACUACUAUGAAGUCUUCUUGGUUUGCACUCAUCUUGGCAGUGCUCAGUACUGAAUUGUUAACAAGUCAGUGUUCCACCAUCAAGUCCCCAAGAUUCAGAGGACGUGUGCAGCAGGAGCGAAAAAAUAUCAGACCAAAUAUCAUCCUUGUACUCACAGAUGAUCAAGAUGUGGAGCUAGGGUCCUUGCAAGUGAUGAAUAAAACCAGAAGGAUUAUGGAGAAUGGAGGAGCCUCUUUUAUCAAUGCAUUUGUAACAACCCCGAUGUGCUGCCCAUCACGUUCCUCAAUGCUGACUGGGAAGUAUGUGCACAACCACAACAUAUACACCAACAACGAAAACUGCUCUUCUCCCUCAUGGCAGGCUACUCACGAGCCACGUACCUUUGCUGUGUAUCUCAAUAACACUGGGUAUAGAACAGCUUUUUUUGGGAAAUACCUCAAUGAAUACAAUGGCAGCUACAUCCCUCCUGGGUGGAGAGAGUGGGUUGGAUUAGUGAAGAACUCUCGCUUCUAUAAUUACACCAUUUCUCGCAAUGGUAACAAAGAGAAGCAUGGAUUUGAUUAUGCAAAGGACUACUUCACAGACCUAAUCACUAAUGAGAGCAUUAAUUACUUCAGAAUGUCUAAGAGGAUAUAUCCCCAUAGGCCCAUAAUGAUGGUCAUCAGCCACGCUGCACCCCAUGGCCCCGAGGAUUCUGCACCACAGUUCUCAGAGCUCUACCCCAACGCUUCACAGCAUAUCACUCCCAGCUAUAACUAUGCACCAAACAUGGAUAAGCACUGGAUUAUGCAGUACACGGGGCCCAUGCUGCCCAUCCACAUGGAGUUUACAAAUGUCUUGCAGCGCAAAAGACUUCAGACCCUGAUGUCAGUUGACGACUCUAUGGAAAGAUUACACCAAAUGCUUGCAGAGAUGGGAGAACUGGAGAACACCUACAUUAUUUACACUGCUGACCAUGGUUACCAUAUCGGGCAGUUUGGACUGGUCAAGGGGAAGUCAAUGCCGUAUGACUUUGAUAUUCGAGUUCCUUUCUUUAUUCGUGGCCCAAGUGUAGAGCCGGGAUCAGUAGUGCCUCAGAUAGUUCUGAAUAUUGAUCUUGCUCCAACAAUUCUGGAUAUAGCAGGACUUGACACACCUCCAGAUAUGGAUGGCAAAUCUGUCCUAAAGCUUCUAGACUUGGAGAGACCAGGAAACAGGUUUCGAACGAACAAGAAGAACAAAAUUUGGCGUGACACAUUUCUGGUGGAAAGAGGCAAAUUUCUACGCAAGAAGGAGGAAUCCAGCAAAAACACUCAGCAGUCUAAUCAACUACCAAAAUAUGAGAGAGUAAAAGAAUUAUGCCAACAAGCAAGAUACCAGACAGCCUGUGAACAACCAGGACAGAAAUGGCAGUGCACAGAGGAUGCUUCUGGCAAACUUCGAAUUCACAAGUGUAAGGUGCCUAGUGACAUACUUGCCAUCAGGAAGAGAACCCGCAGCAUUCACUCCCGGGGAUAUAGUGGUAAAGACAAAGACUGCAACUGUGGAGGCGCUGAUUACCGAAACAGCAGGACCCAGAGAAAAAAUCAAAGACAGUUCUUGAGAAACCCUAAUGCGCAAAAAUACAAACCCCGAUUUGUUCACACUCGCCAAACCCGGUCCUUGUCUGUGGAAUUUGAAGGUGAAAUAUAUGACAUAAAUCUGGAAGAAGAAGAAUUACAGGUGUUAAAGACCAGGAGUAUCACCAAGCGUCACAAUUCUGAAAAUGAGGAAGAAACGGAGGAAAUUGCUGGUGCUGUUGGUGAUGCAAUGUUCGCUGAUGGCGCUGAUGCCAUAGGUCAACCCAGCUCUGUUAGAGUGACACACAAAUGUUUUAUUCUUCCAAAUGACACUAUUCACUGUGAGAGGGAGCUGUACCAAUCUGCCAGAGCCUGGAAGGACCACAAGGCUUACAUUGAUAAGGAGAUUGAAGCUCUCCAAGACAAAAUUAAGAAUUUGAGGGAAGUUAGAGGUCACCUAAAAAGAAGAAAGCCAGAUGAAUGUGAUUGUAGUAAACAGAGCUAUUACAACAAAGAGAAAGGGGUGAAAGCCCAAGAGAAACUCAAGAGCCAUCUUCAUCCCUUCAAAGAAGCAGCACAGGAAGUGGAUGGCAAACUGCAGCUGUUCAAAGAGAACCGGAGAAGGAAGAAGGAAAGGAAGGGGAAAAGGCGCCAGAAGAAAGGAGACGAGUGUAGCCUUCCUGGACUGACGUGUUUUACACAUGACAACAACCACUGGCAAACAGCUCCAUUCUGGAACUUGGGCUCUUUCUGUGCUUGCACAAGCUCGAAUAACAACACUUACUGGUGUUUGCGAACAGUCAAUGACACCCACAAUUUUCUCUUUUGUGAGUUUGCAACUGGCUUCUUGGAAUAUUUUGAUAUGAACACUGAUCCUUAUCAGCUGACCAACACAGUGCACACAGUGGAAAGAGGCAUUUUAAAUCAAUUACACAUACAGCUGAUGGAACUGCGCAGUUGUCAAGGUUAUAAGCAGUGCAAUCCAAGGCCGAAGGGACUUGAAACAGGAAAUAAAGAUGGAGGAAGCUAUGAUCCACACAGAGGACAGUUAUGGGAUGGAUGGGAAGGCUAACCUGCCCAGUUUCACUGGCGACAUUGACUGGCAAGGACUGGAAGACUUGUACAGUGUGAAUGAAAGUGUAUAUGAAUACAGAUACAACUUUAGACUUAGUCUGGCUGACUGGACUAAUUACUUGAAGGAUGUAGAUAGAAUGUUUGCACUGCUGAACAGUUACUACCAGCAAAAUCAAACAGACAAGGAUAAUACUGCUCGAAGCAACGGGAAUGGGGACGAAUCAUCCACGCCUUUUACCUUGGUGGAAAUGACUUCUGCUGAAGAAUCGAGCGGCCUGACUGCAGAAGAGUUGCAGCUGAUUGUGCCAACGGACUUUGCAGCCCUUGCUCUGAGCACAGUGACUUUAAGUCAGGAGAGGAAACUUGAAUUAAACAAUGAUAUUCCUGAGAAAAGUAGUUUGACUGACGCACACUGGAAAAAUAGUCAUCAAGCUGAAAAAUGGAUGGAGGAUAAAGAAUCGGACCGUUUUGAUAUGGAUUUCAGUGGAAAUGGUUUGAUAGAGUUGGAGUCCCGUCACACCUUCAUGCUACAGCCCAUCAGCAUUCCUCAAAAAGACGCUCAUCAGGAUAGUGACACUAUGGAAGAUAUAUUUGAGGAUCAAAUGUAUCUUCCCAUGAGGUCUGAUGAACCCCUCGUUCAUCAGGCUGUAAACAUAUCCAUUAGGGAUUCACCUAUCAGUACCCAGAAAGCAGGAACUUUCUUAAAAAAACCAGAACAGAGUCUUGCAGAAGAAAGUUCACAAAUCCUAAAUGUAGAAGGCAGUGCCUCAGCUCCACUCUCCUUGGAUUAGAUCCAGUUGUAAACCAUUAAAUAAGUUCUCCUUUUUCUUAUUAGCAAACUAAUAAAGGUAAUCAUGGCAACUGACAUUCCAUGUUUAUUGUAGAUACAUUUUGCAGCUAAAUUGAGCCCAGUUCAGUAUUUGUGUGCAUUUUCUUUUAUUUACAUGCACAUGCUUUCACUGUAAUUCUCCCCACUGGGAAGCAAGAUUUCCAGUUUUUCAUUAAAAGAAACAGUGUUAACUUUGAAAUGGGAAAGCUAAAAAUUAUUUCUUUGAAGAGGAUGUCCAGUUACUUUCUCUAUUUCCAAACGAUCCCACCAUGAAUGAGUGUUUCAUUUCACCCACUAUGCCUGCACAAUGUCUUUCUCAUCACUUAUUUUAACCACUGGCAAUUCUUACUGUCACACUUUCAAGUAAAAUGCACUUUUAAAAUCUGUAUGCCAUACCAUUUAUGAAUCUAAUACCUUACAGGUUCUUAGUUUGCUCAUUGUUUCAUGAAAUUGUGAAACCAAUAAAUAGAUUGACAGGAAAGAGGUAUACAGAAUGAAUUGAGGAAACAGACUCUUUGAGUAUUAUUUUAGCAAAAAUAUUGCAUGUUUUUGUUACUUUAAUUAAAUUUACUCUCAGAAAGGUAUGGCUAAUGAUUGUUAACUGUAGAAGGAUUUGUUUAAAUUGGAUUGUUUCCCUAUAUGUUGAUACUGUCAGUAUUAAAAUUCCAUUAAUUUUUUUGACUUUUUUUUUUUGCUGAUACUGGUAAAAAGCAUAUUACAUCAAUAGAUAAAUGCUUUUAUCACCCCACCUGAUUUUUAUUAUUCUGAACAAUAUCUUGAAAGCAUUAUCAUUUUGAGUCUUAAAUUCUUUCUUUGUUUUGAACAGGCAUAAAAGGGAAUGAUAAAAUCAUGUUAGAUUUCCAUUAUUUUAGAAACAAAAGGCACACGAGGUUAAAAAAUAGUAGUUUAGAUAAUUUUUGUUGUAUUCUAAAUUUUUUCUUGAACUUUACCAAACAUUAAAUUUUAUGAAGUAUAAUACCAAAAUGACUUUGAAAUCUGUACUACUCAAAACUUAAUAUUUUCCCUUGCUUUUUCAUAAAUUUCUAAAUAAUUAGCACAACAACAACAACAGAGAAUUACCUCAAAAGGUGUAAUUCCAUAGUGUCCAACUCACGGGUGUUUCCUAUCUCUUACAUGUUAUUUAGUGUAGUGAGUAUUUUUUGGCUAUUGCAAGCACUGCAGGUUAAACUUACAUUCAUUACAUUGUAUUUUAAGUUGAAACUUUUUAAAAAGGAGAUUCUUUUAGUAGGAUUAAUAAUUUUAAGAAGCAGUCUUUUUGAUGGACUCUGUAAAUAUGUUAAAAUUACUAGUUCUUUAUCUGAUGUAUGUGUCAUGGGCUGAUUGAUAGAAAAACAUAUUUAUGGUCAUGAAUGAUGCUAUUUGUACAUAGGUUUUAAGUUACUAGGAUAUAAACUGUGUUUUUAAAUCUUGUAUAAUACUUCUGUGAUACUUUUAUAGUACAAUUCUGGCUUCGGGAAAGUCUAGAAGCAAUAUUUCUUGAAAUAAAAAGUGUUUUACUUUACCUGCUUCAGAGAAGUCCAGAUGAUCCAAUUUUCCUCCUAAAUAAGUUUUAUUUUAAAAGUAUGUUAACAGUUCGAGUUUUAAGAAUCCAUCCACAUUUAAAACAACGGGUAACAAAAUAACACACAACAUUCUGUUAGCUAUAAAUUAUUCCUGGAGAUGUGAAUAAUAUAUAUUUCUUUGUUUAAGACAUGCUGUGACUUUAUGUUUUUUAAUUCCAAACUCAUCUGGUCCUUUCUUCCUGGAAGUCAAUGCACCGAGCUGCACAACCAGCAGUUCCCAGAAGGCAGGCAACAUUACAUAAAGCCAUGUCCUGCUUUGCUGCUCUCUCUCCUCCCUGAAGAGUUCUCCCUGUGACAGCAAAGCACAGUAGACAGGACACACAGGGCUUACCAAGAGUGGACCACAGAUCUUUAGCCAGGAGGAGUGUCUCGCUGUACAAGAGUCAUCACAAAAAAGAAUUUAGGUUUCAAAGUAAACUCCCUCACUCCCUCUUACUUGCACUCUGUGUUUGUUCGACAGGCUGUGAAUAAGAUUAGCUUCAUACCCAAACUCAGCCUCUGAAUCUGUGCUUCUUGAACUCUUCUUUCUUUUACAUAGUCCUUGGACACUGAUGCUCCGGCCAGUGUGAAGUGACAGAUGAAAUUUAUGGGAAUCAGGAAAGAGGGUGAACCUAAGUGUUCAAAAAGCAGUCAUUGCAGUGCCAGAUAGACCCUGAGAGAUGUCUGCCCUGGAAAGCACACUGGGAAGUACAGGAUGUAUUUCAAAACAGGGUGCAGAGUAGGCUGAGCCAGUGAGUUUGGGAGGACUUGAAGGACAAAGGCAAAUUGAAGCAAGGUCCCAUAUAACUACCUUUCCUAUCUUUUGCAGGGAAUUAUCCAGCACCAACAAUGUCCCCUACAUUCUUUAGAAGAGCUCUUCUUUGAAAGAACCAAGCAAGAUGCUUUCUUCUCUCUUAAUGCUUAGGUAGAGAUAAAGAAGG